UUGGUGGAGAGAUGGCGAAAGGAGACACAUUGCUUCAAUUUUCACGAAGGAGAGUGCACCAUCACACUAAAGGAUGUCGCCGUCCUAACCCAUCUGCCCAUUGACGGCAAUGCGGUAUGUGUGAGCGAUCGUGCACCACCGGAUGUUGGCGGGAUGACCGGUUGGCAGCAUUUGAUCCACAACGUUUUGGACCUCCGAGUGCCAGUCAAGGGAAGCGUUGAUGUGGAGGAUCGCAACGCACCAUUUAGGAAGCGACAAGUAUCAAUCACUUGGUUGACUAGGGAGAUCAGGAACCGACACGAUCCAACACAAGGUGGGAUCCCCUUAACCGAGGAAAGUUCAGAGUUUGAGAAGGAAAGAUAUGCUCGUGUCUAUUCUCAUAGGCAUGAUCGGAGGAGUAUUCUUCCCUAA